CCGCGCGCAGUUCCCGCUGGACCUGCCCGGGCGCUGCUGUCGCGGCCCCGUUUUCGUCCCGCCGCCAGGAUGUCAGCCAAUGUCUCUGGAAGUGCAAAUAUGGCUGCGGGCAAUCGCCGGCUUCAGCAAACUCAACACCAAGUAGAUGAGGUUGUUGACAUCAUGAGAGUGAAUGUGGACAAGGUAUUGGAGCGAGAUCAGAAGCUGUCAGAGCUGGAUGACCGUGCUGAUGCCCUGCAAGCAGGGGCUUCCCAGUUUGAGACCAGCGCGGCCAAGCUGAAGAGGAAGUAUUGGUGGAAGAACUGCAAGAUGUGGGCAAUAUUGAUAGCUGUUGUUGUCAUUAUCAUCAUCAUCAUUAUUGUCUGGAAUCUGUCUUCAUGAUUUACAAGAAGAAACUCAGUUCAACCGAAGGUGCCUUUGAGAAACUUCUUCAGCCUCUGCACUCCAAACCUACUGUCUUCUCAGCCCAUUUACUGCUGUUUAAAGCAAACCUGUUUUGAUUACCGAGGUGUUAACUAACUUUACUGGUCGCCUUAAGACACUCCUGUCAUUAAUUACUAACCAGCGCAGCUCACAA